AUGAAGGAGAUGUUCAGUAUGACAGAAAAACCCACAAGUGAGAACCAUGAACCCAUAACUGGUAAAGAAAGCAAAUUUAUGGUACCACCAGAGGAAACUAAGGUCAUCCCCAGGAAGUCUUCAACUGAAGAAGAGAUAAAUCCUAAGAAGAACGGGGCAGAGGAACCUGAGGUAAAAAUAAACAUAGUUGUAAAUGAUGUAACUGAGGUGAAUGAGAUGGCGGUGAAUGUGAAUGCAGCAGAGAGUACCUUAACCAAGGCAGAGGAACCUGAUAUGAAGGUAAAUCAAGAAGAUAAGAACUUUACUGAUGCGGGGCAGCCUGAGGUAAAACCUUACGAGAUGCACUUCACCGAGGUGGAGGAGGUGAAGAAGGAGAACAUCAGAGAUGGGGAAAGCCAGCUGGCCUUAGUGGACGAACAGCCCGAGUUUGAACACCCCGAGGGCGGCUGGGGCUGGGUGGUCAUGCUCGCUUCCAUGUGGUGCAACGGGUCGGUGUUCGGAAUCCAAAGCAUCUUCGGGAUCUUAUUCGUGUCCCUGCUGAAGGAGUUCGGCUCUGAGGACGAUAGUGACCUGCGCUUCAGGACAGCGUGGGUGGGCUCUCUGUCUGCAGGGAUGGUAGAUGUCUGUUCUCCCAUCGUCAGUGUGUUUACAGACGUGUUCGGCUGCAGGAUCACAGCGGUGAGCGGGGCUGUGGUUGGGCUUGUUGGCCUCCUUGCCAGUUCUUUCGUUAAGUCUCUGGGCCUUAUGUACUUCACAUACGGUGUGCUGUUUGCAUGUGGCUCUUCAUUUGCAUAUCAGCCAAGUCUCGUCAUCCUUGGACAUUACUUUAAGAAGCGUUUGGGUUUGGUGAAUGGUGUGGUGGCAGCAGGGUGCAGCGUGUUCACUGGAUUUCUGUCUCUGCUGCUCCCCUUUCUGCUGGACCGCGUUGGCCUCCCCAACACCCUGCGCGUCCUCUGCAUCCUGAUGUUCGUGCUCAUGCUGGCUGGAUUCACCUACAAGCCCCGCCUCCCUCAGAGGGUGGAGUCAAAGAGGGCUUUGUUAAAGAGAACCUGUAACGUCCAGAUCUGGAGGAGUCUGAGUUACAGGAUCUGGGCCUUCGGAAUGAUGACCUCGCAAUUUGGCUACUUCGUCCCCUACGUCCACCUGAUGGAGUAUGUAAGUGAGCAUUUCCCAGGUGCCCAGCAGCAGGUAAUACUGGUGUGUCUAGGUGCUGCGUCUGGUGUGGGACGUCUCAUCUUUGGUCGUGUGGCUGACUAUGUCCCUGGAGGGAACAAAGUCUUACUGCAGGCGAUAUCCGUCAUGGUGAUUGGAGUGAUGACGAUGCUGAUCCCGGUGUGUAACGUGUUCGGCGGUCUGAUUGCUGUAUGUUUGGUAAUGGGACUGUGUGACGGCUGUUUCUUCACCAUUAUGACCCCUAUUGCCUUCGAGCUCUUCAGUUCUGAGAACGUCUCUCAGGCCCUCGGCUUCGGGCUGGGCAUGAUGUCUCUGCCCAUGCUAGUGGGUCCGCCUAUUGCAGGGAUCCUCCAUGAUCGCCUGGGCAGUUAUGACUUGGCCUUCUACCUGGCGGGAAUCCCUGCUCUGAUUGGUGGAGCUGUGUUGUGUGCAAUCCCAUGGCUGGAGUGGAGGAAGAGGAGGAACGAGAGGAAGAAUGAAACCGACAACAGAACAGCGCAGGAGUAA